CUCCACAAGUCAGAGCUCGAUCUUAAGCUAGGUAGCCAGCCCAGGCGAGCGAUCGGACGAUCGAACGACGAUGGCCGGCGCGGGCGUGACGACGACGGGGUCGCCGUGCGGGGCGUGCAAGUUCCUGCGGCGCAGGUGCGCGGCGGAGUGCGUGUUCGCGCCCUACUUCUGCGCCGAGGACGGCGCGUCGCAGUUCGCGGCCAUCCACAAGGUGUUCGGCGCCAGCAACGCGGCCAAGCUGCUGCAGCAGGUGGCCCCGGGGGACCGGAGCGAGGCGGCCGCCACGGUGACCUACGAGGCGCAGGCCCGGCUGCGCGACCCCGUCUACGGCUGCGUCGCCCACAUCUUCGCGCUGCAGCAGCAGGUGGCGGCGCUGCAGGCGCAGGUGGCGCACGCCCGGACGCAGGCGCACCUGGGGCCGGCGGCGACGGCGAUGCACCCGCUGCUCCAGCAGCAGCUGCAGCAGCAGGCGUGGCAGGUGGCGGAGCAGCACGACCACCAGUCCAUGACGUCCACGCAGAGCAGCUCCGGCUGCUACAGCGGCGCCCACCAGCGCUCCGACGGCUCCUCGCUGCACGGCGCCGAGAUGUACUGCGGCUACGGCGAGCAGGAGGAAGGCAGCUACUAAUUAACCCCGGAUGGUUCACUCGUUCCCCUGAGAAAGCUGAGGGGGUGUACCAUGAGAAGUUUGUCUCUUGCAACGCGCUUUCAACUCUUGCCGGUCUCAGCUGUAAAGAGAUCCAUCGAUCUUGUGUUGUUUGGGAACCCAUAAUUUCCAACUUUGCAACUCGGGCCUCCAUUGUUACGUGUGAAAUUGCUCGAAUUUCAUUUUGUUACAGCGAGUCUGUCUGAAUAACUGUAGGAGCUCAGAUGGUGUUCGGCGAAAUUUCAGCGUCCAGACAUAUG